UCUCCUUAAUAUUCCUCAUAGUGGCAUUUCUGUUCACAUUGUGAUUAAUAACUGUGGAUUUGUGAUUAGUUUAAAGAUGUUAAGGGACACAAUGUCCUUUUGGAGGAGAGAGAGAGAGAGAAGGAGAGAGAGAGAGAGAGAGAGAGAGAGAGAGAGAGAGAGAGAGAGAGAGAGAGAAAGAGAGAGAGAGAGAGAGAGAGAGAGAGAGAGAGAGAGAGAGAGAGAGAGAGAGAGAGAGAGAGAGAGAUCUACCAAGAUCUCAGGGUUGAAGGUCUUCAGGUUAUUGACUCAAAGUAAGGCGGAGGAGAGCGGCAUGGUAGAGAUGGAGCUCCCACUUCCCGUGAACAUUCGGAUCAGCAACAUCACCUGCGACUCCUUUAAGAUCUGCUGGGACAUGGACCCUCGCACCAAAGAGAAGAUCACACACUACUUCAUCGACCUGAACAAGAAGGAGAACAAGAACUCUAACAAGUUCAAACACAAGGACGUUCCCACUAAGCUGGUCGCCAAGGCUGUGCCGUUGCCGAUGACCGUGCGAGGCCAUUGGUUCCUGAGCCCGAGAACCGAGUACACUGUUGCCGUGCAAACGGCGUCCAAGCAGAGCGAUGGAGACUACGCCGUGUCUGAAUGGAGCGACAUCGUGGAGUUCUGUACUGCAGAUUACUCUCCUGUUCAUCUGACUCAGCUGAUCCAGAAGGCCGAGGUCAUCUCAGGCAGGAUGCUGCCCUUUUCCGUCUUCUACCGCAAUCAGAACCAAGAGUACUUCGACUACUGCAGGAAUGUGCAUGGAGGCCGAAUGCUCCCCUCGCUGAAGGACAACAGCGGAAGUCACGGCUCUCCGCUUAGUGGCAAGAUCGAGGGCGUCUUCUUCAGCUGCAACACGGAGUUUAACACGGGUGAGCCGCCUCAGGACUCUCCGUAUGGCCGCUACCGCUUCCAGAUCAAUGCCGAGGAGCUCUUUGGGCCCAAUACACGUCUCUACUUUGGCGAUUUUUACUGCAUGUACACAGCGUACCACUAUGUGAUCCUGGUGCUGGCCCCGCGUGGCUCAACCGGAGACAACUACUGUAGCGAGAGGCUGCCCGAGCUGGAUGAAACCAACAACCGCUUCCUGACCCGUGUGUGCAGUGAAGACGGGCGUGUGGAGUUCCGCCAUGCACAGGACGUCAUCCUGGAGAUUAUCUACACAGAGCCUGUAGAGCUGCAACGGGGCACCGUGGCCCAGAUUAGUGGCCAUCAGCUCAUGAGUCUGUCCACCGUCAAUGCUAAGAAGGACCCGAGCUGCAAGACGUGCAACAUCAGCGUGGGACGUUAACGCUCGGCCCGGACUUUCUGACCGACUGUGUCCAAGCUCACUAUGAAGAAAUCCGGUAUUAGCAUGUAUGCUAAGUACCAGACCUCAGAUCACACCUCAAGACCUGCAAACAUUAGCACGGGAUGCUAACGCUUAAGCUGAGCUGUCUCAGAUCACCAGAAUUUAAAAACUCCAAUAUCGCUAUGCGUUACUUCACACCAGUCCUUGGAUCAAACUGAAUUAUUAGCUUGGGGUGCCAAUACUUACACACAAACUUAGCCUGGACUUGGUAACCAGUGAUGUGUAGAUGUUACACAUGAGAACACCUCAAGAAGACCACUACACUACCCUGUCUUCUUCUCACUACUGAAAGUGUAUGUCUGUGUGUUUGUGUGUGUGUGUGUGUGUGUGUGUGUGUGUGUGUGUGCUUAGAUCAUAUAUUCCAGGACCUCAAACAUCCGCAUUUGACGCUAUACGAUUCUCCAUCUAACGUGCAAACUAUGAAUUAAACUAUACAAACCUUA